AUGGAAACCCUCUGCAAGGCGAUAAGCCGCAAGAAACCUAACGACGAUGACGGCAGCCAUUCAAAACUGGCGCGUGUGCUAACGCUGCUGGACCUGACGGGACUCGGCGUCGGCAGUACGCUCGGGCUGGGAGCAUACGUCCUUGCCGGAUCGGUAGCCUACGAACAGGCCGGCCCGGGUGUGGUGGUUUCGUUUGUGAUUGCCGCCUUGGCUGCAGCCAUAGCUGGCUUGUGUUAUGCCGAGUUUGCCGCACGAGUUCCGAAAGCCGGAUCAGCUUACAUCUACACGUACAUCACGAUCGGAGAGUUCGCUGCGUUUACCAUCGGGUGGAAUCUAAUGUUGGAGUACAUUAUCGGAACGGCUAGUGUGGCACGUGGACUUAGCGGUUAUAUAGAUGCUUUAAUCGAUUACCGGAUAGCGGGUGCAAUGCGCAAUAUAAUGGAGAUUCGAAUAAGUUUUCUAGGAUCGUAUCCGGAUGUGUUUUCAUUUUUGGUGGUUCUUACUGUCACAGCGCUUUUGGCCUAUGGAGUGAAAGAAUCCACCAUAUUGAAUAACGUCUUCACCGGUGUAAAUCUGCUAGUGAUCGCGGUUGUGCUUAUUUCUGUGGGAACUAAAGCUGAUCCUGGCAAUUGGAACAUAAAACCGGAGGAUAUUCCAUCCGAUAUAAAUGGCGGAGCAGGAGGAUUCUUGCCCUACGGAAUAGCAGGAGUGAUGGCAGGCGCUGCCAAAUGCUUCUACGGAUAUGUAGGAUUUGACUGUAUAGCUACGACCGGAGAGGAAGCUCGAAACCCUUCGAAAAACAUUCCACUGGCUAUCAUAUUUUCCCUUCUAAUUAUUUUUUUGUCUUACUUCGGUGUUGCAACGGUUCUGACGAUGGCAUUGCCAUACUAUCUGCAAGAUCCAAUAGCACCAUUUCCCAAUCUUUUCGAUUGGCUCGGAUGGCAGGAAAUCAAAUGGAUCGUAUCGAUAGGUGCAAUUUUUUCACUCUGCACCAAUUCACUCGGAGCGAUGUUUCCACUGCCACGUGUCCUUUACGCUAUGUCAUCCGACGGAAUUAUGUUCAAAGGAUUGCGUCAAGUGAAUCCCAAAACGAAAACACCCAUAUUGGCAACAAUUAUUUCCGGACUAGUUGCUGGAACGAUGGCCCUACUUUUCGAUCUACAACAAUUAAUCGAUAUGAUGUCGAUCGGAACGUUGCUAGCAUAUACGAUCGUUGCUGUCAGUGUCAUGGUUCUGCGAUAUGAUAAAAUUGACAACUUUCAAACCGCAAACCAGGAAAAAUCGAUGAUUAUGAAACAAUUGUUCAAUUUGAACAUUGCCAAGAAACCGAAUUCUCUUACAUCGAAGAUAGUUAAAGUUUGUCUUCUUGUUUACGCGAUUGCAAUCUGUGGUGUAUGUGUGCUACUGGUUCACGGUCAGGACUAUCUGUCUGCUCAGUAUCCGCUCGUUUUAAUUAUCCUAAUAGCACUCGUUACGACAAUGUUGAUUCUCUAUUUGGUAAUUGCUUGCCAACCCAUCGACGAAGCUAAACUUACCUUUCAAGUUCCCUGUGUGCCGUUUGUGCCGAUGCUGAGCAUGUUUGUAAACAUCUAUCUGAUGUUCCAGCUGGAUGCUGCAACGUGGAUCAGUUUUUCCGUCUGGUUACUGAUAGGCUUUCUAAUUUACUUUUCCUAUGGAAUUCGACACUCGACUUUGGCUUCCCGAAGUCGAAGUCCCACGUUUUCCGAAAGUCAGCUACAGAAUCCGUUUGCUGUGUCCGGAAUAGAAAAGGUGUAG